AUGACUGAUCGAUUCAACUUGACACAAUCACUCACAUGUGUAGCCUGUGGAGACAUUUUGAAUGAACCCAUUUCGCUCUCUUGCGGUUAUACAGUAUGCUCACAGUGCUUUCCUGUCAGCAGCCCAACCUCAGUAAAGAAAUCAGUAUUCAAAUGUCCAGUGCCUCACUGCGAUUCCGCAACACAUUUAUUCGGCCCUGAGUUACUGCCUGAUGUGGCAGUGACCAAACUCACACACAUCCUUCGCCAUGUCAUGCCAAGUUGCUCUCGCCCUCCAACUCCUUCCGAUGAAUUAGACCCCACAUCCAAACUAGACAUGAUUGCCAGUGCUGUCAUUCCCCUAUUAAACUGCCAUCGCUGCGCUUCACCAGUAACUGAUGCAGUGACAACACCUUGUGGACACACUUUCUGUAGACUUUGUAUAUUAGAAUCAAAAAUCGAAUCGGAUGCCUGCAACGCCUGCUCUCGUCCUCUUCCAAAAUACAGCAGCCUACUAUCACAAGCAACAAACCAACUCAUUUCCACCAUUGUCAAAGAUUUCCAACUCUCUGGAUUACUACCAUGCAACACUCGCGAAACACAAUUCUUGAACUCUACGAGCCUGCACCAAUACAACGUACCCCUCUUUGUCUCUGGCGCUGUCAUCCUGCCUGGACAAAGCUUCAGAUUACCUAUCUUUCAACCCAACCACCUGCGCAUGUUUCGCCAAGCUCUUAUUCCCUCUAGCAGAUACAACGGUCUUUGCUUAGCAUCAGUCCAUCGCAGCAGACCCGAAGUGGCUCAAUUUGGCACACUCUUACAAAUCAUCAAUGUCGAGCAUCGCAGUGAUUCCAUCCUGAUUGAGGUUGCUGGCGUCGAUCGCUUCAAGCUUGAAACGCAUACAGAAGAAGAUGAAUCCACCAUCUUUGGAACAUUCAAGAUCUUGCACGAAGCUUUUAUCCGCCAGCUCAGUAUCAAACUUCCCAACUCACCUUCCCCUGACGAUCAGCAAGGACUCAUUGCUCAGAAGGAACACAUCUCCAGCUAUGCUGUGGAUUUAGCAGACUCCAUUUUACAAUUCAUUCACCACCUUGGCACCGCUUCCAGCUUGCCUGCCAACGCCCUUCACGCUCAAACAGCCGGUUUGUUAGGCCCUCUUUGGUACGAAAGCAUCAAGUCGCUUCACGGUCCUAUUCCCUCAAAAUACAACCCCAUGGCCGUCUGCUGGUGGGCAGCAGUUGUGCUUCCAGUAACGCCUCAAGAUGUCUAUGUCCUUUUGAGAACAGUUCCCAUCAUUGACCGCCUUGAACUCGUUAUUUCCUGGAUGCAAGCCUUCCAAACACAAUGGGAAAGAUGCCGCAACACUGCCAUUGAAGCCUUCAACCGAGUCCCUCAACAACUCUAA